AAAGUACAAUUUUCCUUUUCCGGUUUCACAGCGUUCAUUAACGCGAAUCGGCCGCCUUGCAAAUGCUCCCCUCCAAAUCACUGUAAAACAUUCUUCCUGCAGUCUUCUCAAACCCUAGAAACCCGCAUUCACUUGGGUCCCGUACAGCGUUUCUAUUUAUUUUCGCAGCUAUCAGUUUGUAGCAUGUGUUGAAAAGAGAAGAUGAAUUCGUUUUCUGUUACUCGGAAGAAAACCCCCUUUCAAAAGCACAGAGAGGAGGAAGAAGCCAAGAAGAAGAGAGCGGAGGAUGAAACUGCACGCUUGUAUGCGGAAUUUGUAGAGUCAUUCCAAGGGGAUAAUACGCCUGGGUCAAAGACAUUUGUUAGAGGAGGAACAAUCAAUCCCAAUGAGAAACUGAAGGCUGAUUCUGAAGCAGGUGGAAAUUUCAAAGAUGGGGUAUCUGUUCCAAAGAAGGGAAGUAGGUAUGUUCCAUCUUUUAUUCCACCUCCUUUGGCAACCAAGGGAAAAGAACCUGAGAAGAAGGAGGAGAGACCAAGGGAGAAGGAAAAGGGAAAGUCAAGGAAUAUAGAUAAUUUUAUGGAGGAACUGAAGCUUGAGCAAGAAAUGCGAGAAAGGCGAAAUCAGGAGCGUGAACUAAGGCGGGAAGGGCGCCAUAGUGAAAAUUCCGCUCCACCUAGCCGGUUUGAUGAACUUCCAGAUGAUUUUGAUCCAAGCGGGAAGCUUCCUGGAUCGUUUGAUGAUGGGGACCCUCAAACUACAAAUCUAUACGUUGGAAAUCUCUCACCACAGGUGGAUGAGAAUUUCCUCUUGAGGACUUUUGGAAGAUUUGGGCCCAUUGCUAGUGUAAAGAUAAUGUGGCCUCGGACAGAAGAGGAGAGGAGGAGGCAAAGGAACUGUGGUUUUGUUGCUUUUAUGAAUAGAGCUGAUGGGCAGGCUGCAAAGGAUGAAAUGCAAGGAGUUGUUGUUUAUGAAUAUGAGUUGAAGAUUGGUUGGGGCAAGUCUGUCUCUCUUCCAGCACAAGCCUUACCUGCUCCCCCACCAGGGCAUAUGGCUAUCAGGAGUAAGGAGGGUGGUACUGUUAUUUUGUCUGGUCCUGAUGGUCCACCAGUUACUUCUGUGACAAACCAGAGUUCUGAGCUGGUUCUUACUCCCAAUGUUCCUGACAUAAUGGUUGUACCUCCUGAGAACGAUCACCUCCGCCAUGUAAUUGAUACUAUGGCUCUGUUUGUUCUUGAUGGAGGAUGUGCUUUUGAACAAGCAAUUAUGGAGAGAGGUCGUGGUAAUCCACUUUUCAACUUCUUGUUUGAACUUGGUUCAAAGGAGCAUACAUAUUAUGUUUGGAGACUUUACUCCUUUGCUCAGGGUGAUACGCUUCAGAGGUGGCGAACAGAGCCUUUCAUCAUGAUAACUGGGAGUGGGAGAUGGAUACCACCACCUCUACCUGCUGCAAAAAGCCCAGAGCAUGAGAAAGAGUCUGGUACUACAUUUGCAGCCGGAAGAAGCAGGCGUUUGGAAUUGGAACGGACAUUGACAGAUCAACAGAGAGACGAGUUUGAGGAUAUGCUGCGGGCUUUGACAUUAGAAAGGAGCCAGAUAAAAGAAGCUAUGGGAUUUGCUUUAGAUAAUGCUGAUGCUGCAGGGGAGAUAGUUGAGGUUCUUACUGAAUCUUUGACGCUUAAAGAGACACCAAUACCAACCAAAGUUGCAAGACUUAUGCUUGUCUCUGAUAUUCUUCAUAACAGUAGUGCUCCUGUAAAAAAUGCAUCUGCAUACCGUACGAAAUUUGAAGCAACCUUACCUGACAUAAUGGAGAGCUUCAAUGACUUGUACCGUAGUAUCACUGGAAGGAUUACUGCUGAAGCACUGAAGGAAAGGGUUAUGAAGGUUCUCCAAGUAUGGGCAGACUGGUUUCUGUUUUCAGAUGCAUAUGUAAAUGGACUUAAAGCUACUUUUCUUCGAUCUGGAAAUUCCGGUGUGGUCCCUUUUCAUUCUUUAUGUGGGGAUGUGCCAGAAAUUGAAAAUACAAGAAGUUCUGAAGAUCCAGUUGAGGGGAGUAAGCUCAACCAAGAUGCUGCAUUGGCUAUGGGGAAGGGAGCUGCUAUGAAAGAGUUGUUGAAUCUUCCACUUGCUGAGCUGGAAAGACGUUGCAGACACAAUGGGCUUUCUCUUGCUGGUGGUCGUGAAAUGAUGGUUGCACGGUUGCUUUAUCUUGAAGAGGCAGAAAAGCAGAGGAGCUAUGAACGAGAUGAUGAUCUGAAAUAUGGACCAAGCUAUUCUAACUCGAGUAAAUAUGCAAAGGAGGAGAAUAACUGGAAUGCAAAUAGUGCUACUCAUAGGGAGACCAACCUUGGGAUGGAACCUGUUGGCUCAUCCGGAUGGAAUCAUUAUGGGGAUGAUGGGAUUCAUUCACAAGGCAAAGUUUCCUCUGCACCUUUGGCAGGAACUAUUCCUAUUCCACAGCCUGAAGUAAAAGCUUUCUCCAAGAAAUCUGAUCCUGUUUUACCUGUUUCAAAAUGGGCUCGAGAGGAUGAUGGCAGUGAAGAUGAAGAUAAGAGGAAUGCUCAAGGUCUGGGGUUAGGUUACUCAUCUUCUGGAAGUGAAAAUGCAGGUGAUGGUCCAAGUAAGGAUGAUGGGACAGAGGUUGCAACUGAUCCAAUCUUCCCACCUCACCCUGAGAGUGGCAUGAAUGAAGAACAGAGACAAAAGCUAAGGCGUCUAGAGGUUGCUGUGAUGGAAUAUCGUGAGUCUCUUGAAGAGAAGGGAAUUAAAAGUUCAGAGGAAAUUGAAAGGAAAGUGGCAAAUCACCGAAGACGGCUACAGGCUGAAUUUGGGUUAUCAGAUACUAAUGAAGAUGGUUCAGGGAGCAGUAAGCAUUCAUCUCAAAGGUCAUCAUUGGAGAGGAGGGACAGAAGAGAUGAUUUCCGUGACUCAAGAAAGAGACAUCGUAGCCAGAGCGGUAGCCGGAGCCCACAGUGUAAGUCAUCAAUUAGAGACAGAGAAAGGGAAAAUGAUGUAGAGAGGGAUCGGGACAGGCACCGUGAUAGAUCUCAUGAACCAGAAAAUGAAAGGGUGAGGGAGCGUGAGAAGAGUGGAAGCAGGGAGAGGGAUGAUCAUGAUAGGGAUAAAAGCAGAGAAAGAGACAGGGAUAGGAGGAGAAGGGGAAAAUGAAGGAGACAACCUUGUAGGAUAGUUGCUUCUCUAGAAUCAACUUGAAACUAAAUUUGAGAUGUUCUUCCAGUAUUAAGAAAAAUCCUUGAGUAAAUAAGUAUCGGAAUGAAGCUUUGGUGUAUUUUUUGGUUGAGGUGUGGUGGGGCGGUAUUGUAGGCAUUUUCAAAGAUGGCCUGCAAAGGAGAAUGAGCACUGGCAGCAGCACACAGCAGCAAUAUUUUUUUAUUGGAGCUUGGUUUUGUCAAUUGGAACGCCGAAAUUUGAUGAGGGAAGGGCAGCUUGAGUGAUGCAAGGAAACCUUCGUUGAUGAUGAUAAGAUAAAAUGUCGAUAUUUUGAUUCCAUCUCCAGUGGUUUCUCCAUUCAAUGAGCUCAAAGUAUCCACUCUAAGCACCAGAUACGAGUGAGUGAUUGUAGAACAUCUUGUUUCAACCUUUCUUUUCUCUUUAAGUUUUUGGCAGAUUAAAAUUGUAGAUAAGUCCACUUGGCGCCUCAAUUAAGUUGACAAUGGUGAACUAUUAGAGGAUUAUGUUAUGCAUUGUAGAAGCCACAUUUUUAGUUAGAAUUAUGCUAGUAUGACCUCUUUUAAUCAUAUGAGGGUGUGAUGUCAUAGUCAGAACAUUGUAGGACUGGUUUUCCCUUAACCUCUCUUAGCUGUAAUUGAUUCGGAUUUUGAUCUAGUUGUUGCAGUGAAUACUAUUCUGUUGGAAGAAUCUGCUUAUGGGAUAAUCAAGACUUUCCUAUCUAAUUCUUACAUUAUUUUGAUGUGCUCCCAGGCAGGGCACCUUU